AGGAGAGGCAAUAAGAGGCCACAGUGUUGUUUUGCACUGUACAUAAAAGAAAGCAUGUGAUGACUAGGCAGGGCAAGGAGGAGAUCAUGUGGUCAUAACUGGGAAAGCUCAGCUAAAAAGUCCCAUUAGCCUGGCUGAGCUAAAAGGGUGAACACAGAGCUGCUCUGAAUUGCAUUCUCUGCUGGUGAUUAAGGUUUUAAUUUAUCUCCACCUUGAUUGACAUCCCAGGUUGCAUAGCCACCAGCAUGGACUUUGGGGUGAUUGCUUCCAAAACUGUGUUGUUACUGAUCAGCGUCAUCUUUUGGGCUGCAGCAGUUGGACUCACUUAUGUUGGAGGAUAUGUCCUCAAUACCUACAAGGAGUAUGACCCCUUCCUUCAUGACAAAUACGCCCUCCUACCCGCGGUCAUCAUCAUUUGUGUGGCCGUGGUGAUGUUCAUCAUUGGGCUGGUGGGCUGCUGUGCCACCAUCCGAGAGUCCAAGGUUGGAUUGGGAGUGUUCCUGGUCAUUAUCCUGGUGAUCUUCAUUGCAGAAGUGUCCGCCUUUGCACUUGGAUUUAUUUAUAGAGGAAAGAUAAAAACAGAUUUGCAUGAACCGAUGCUGCAAGCCUUCAGGGCCUAUGAUGGGAAAACAGAAGAGUCCCAUGUUAUAGAUUACCUACAGCAGGAGCUGCAGUGCUGUGGCAUCCACAAUUACACAGACUGGGUUGGCAGCAAGUGGUACAAUUCCACUGGCAGCAACCACACCGUGCCCUUGAGUUGCUGCAAGCACGACGUUGGCAAGAACUGCACUGGACGGCUGAGUGAGCCACGAUUUCUCAAUGCGCAGGGUUGUGAAGACAAAUUGGAAUCAGUCUUAAAGAGUGUUCUUAGCUAUGCCAUGGUCGUCAUCCUCGGCUUUGCCAUUGUGAAGUUCUUCGGGAUGCUGAGCGUCUGCAUGCUGGCCUGCAAGAGAGAAAAUAAUGGAUACCAAUCUUUAAAUUCAGGAGUAUUUGCGUGACACCGAGACUGACUUUGCUCUUAGCAUGAAUAAAAAUGGACAAGGAAAAGAUGCCCAGAAAAGAAAAUGCCGGCCUGCUUUUCUAAAAACGCCAAAGGAGAUUGUAGUCGUUUUCAAAGCUGCAUUUGAAGCUAAAUAGCUUGGCUUUCAGAUAUUGAUUCAGCCUAAUUUAAUUGAAUGCAAGUGAACUCCUUUUCUGAGAAUAGUCUUCCCCAAACUGGUAUGUUUUAGAUGCACUGGGGAUAAUGGGAAUAGUAGCCCAGCAUAUAUAAAGGGUACCAGUUUGGGAAAGAUUACCUUGGAAAAUCAGCACACGAAUCCAUGAAUCAGGAAGGAUAGUCCUCUGUAUAAAAUGCUUGUGUUUCAAAUGUCUGUGUUUGUAUUUUUAAUGUCCUUUGAACAUAACUAACACAUUCCCCUGCUAUGUUAAACAGAAUAUUUAUAGGAGGAUGACUGAACCCUAAUGCAUGCUAUACAUGCCAAUCUAAAAUUAAUACAUUCUCAUUUUUUGAAUUUAAUAAAGCUGUGCUCACUGUUUCUUGUCAGUAAAUAAACAUCCUGGUGUCUCCUUGAGUUGAUAGAGCUCUGCCAAUUUCAUCUUUAUUCAUAUCUAAAUGCUGACAUUCAUCAAACAUCUGACAAACGUGGGAUCAGAUUCAGGACCUGAAAAGGUUUUGGACUAAAACAUCCCUAUCUAUGUUGUCAUGUAAUGCAGUUCGAACUGCAUUAUCUGAGACUGAAUCUACACUGCCAUAUAAUCCAUUGCCUGAAUCCGGAUUAUCUGUUUUAUACUCGAUUAUAUGAGUCUACAGUGCCAUAUAAUCCAGUUAGAAGCAGAUCGUCUGGAUUCAGAAACUGGAUUAUGUGGCAGUGUAGAUGGGGCCACAGUCUACACUGCCCUAUAAUCCAGUUCAAUCUGUAUUAGCAUUGCAAUAUAGAUGGGGCUGUAGUUGUCCUGAUUGAAAAAUAUUUGGAGUCAUAGCUUUUUAAAGUAACUUUUUCCAGCAUUGACCAUAUGCGUUUUGUAGAGAAUGAGGGGAAUUGUACUGUUUGCACUUUGCACAUGCUUACAAAGAGUUGUCAAGACUAAAAUCAGUUGGCAAUUACAUUCCACAUCCUUUCUGCUUUCAGCGCUAAUAAACAUGAUAAUAUUGCGGAUUUCUUGAUUAAGACCUCCAUGUCUUCAGAUCCGUGACUGCAACCAACUGCUUUGUCCAAAUUAACAUUCAGAAUAUCCCUUGCUAUAUAUAAAAUUGUAUAUGUGCAUGCAUACAUGCACAUGCAUCUACACUGCAGAAUUAAUUCAGUUUGACACCAUUUUAACUGCCAUAGCCCAAUGCUGUGGGAUCCUGAGAGUUGUAUUUUGGUUCGGCAAGCUGAAGGCCUUGCAAAAUUACAAAUCCCAUAGCUUUGAGACAUGCCAAUUAAAAGCGCUGUCAAACUGCAUUCGUUCUACAGUGCAGAUGAACCCAAAGUCUCGAAGUGUGAAUGAAAUGAAAGCUCCAUUCUGGAUUGAGUUUUUUUUUAAGUCAUAGAACCAUUGCAAAUCUUGUAAGUAUAGAAAAAAAAACCUUUUACAGAAAAAAAAUUAAUAUUAAAUACUAUAUUGCCAUAUAAUGAAGAUUAACUACAUUGAACUACAUACAGUGCUGUCAAUCAUAUAAUGCAGUUAAACAGCAUUAUAUGGCAAAGUACCAGGAAGGAAACAGAAGAAAAGAACAGCUGCUUUAAGACCCAAAAGGCAGUCGAUUAAGUCAUUCAGUUCUGUAUGUUUGUGCUGGACUUUUUCUAGAGGUUUAUCAAUGUGAGAAUUUUUAAAUGUCUGUAGCAUUUGACUCUUGCUUGUAUGUAUUAUGUCCUUAGGGUGCAUCUACGCUGUGGAAUUAAUGUGGUUUGGCACCACUUUAACUGACUCUGCUAUAGAAGCAUGGGAGUUGUAGUUUUACAAGGUCUUUACCAAACUAGAAGUCCCAACAUCCCACAGCACUGGGCCUAUUUUGCUUAUUUCUAGCAUGGUGACAUUUAUUUUAUAUAAUGCUCUUCUUAUGUCAGUGAUACUAUUGUCCUCCAAACAAUUUCUGGAAGGCGGACAAGGAUAUUCCUAUUGAAAAGGUGUAAUGUUCAAUAAAAUCUUUACAAAAUAA